UCGUUCACGCGAGACUCGCGAAACUGGGAGAUCCUUCACGAAGGUGUGCCGAAUUGCUGGGGAAUCCGCUUUUAUCACGUAGGCGGUAACACACCUACCGACCUAGUGUAAAGCCGGUCGUCUCGCAUGAAGCCGUCAGUGCUUCAUCGUGUCUUCCGCCCGAUAGGUCAGAGUGUGUCGUUUGCUUUAUGCUUGCUCUAGUCGACCGUUCGAGAGACUCGACCGUCAUUCGUCAAUGGUGACGGACCACGUCGUUCCAUCGAUAGAUCAUUUCGAAUCGUUUGGGAAGUCAUGGCCUUCUCUUCCGAAGGACGGGAUCCUCUGGAGCACACUAGUCUUUAUCAGCGCGCGGAAAGCGAGGAUAGCGAUGCCGAGGGUGGUCUAGGUAACGUGAACAAGAUGGUGAUGCGACCACCUGGACAUAGUGGCAAAGCUAAGAAGGGCCACAUCUGUUUCGACGCCACCUUCGAGACCGGCAAUCUCGGUAGAGUGGACUUGAUCUCCGAAUUCGAGUACGACCUCUUCAUCAGACCUGACACCUGCGGACCUAGAUUACGCCUGUGGUUCAAUUUCACCGUAGAUAAUGUAAAGGCGGAUCAACGAGUGAUCUUCAACAUCGUGAAUAUUUCGAAGAGCGCGAAUCUCUUUCGGCAGGGAAUGACGCCGUUAAUAAAGAGCAGCAGUAGACCGAAAUGGCAAAGGAUACCGCGGAAACAGGUAUUCUAUUACAGAUCUGCGCAGCAUCAGAAUCAUUACGUAUUAAGCUUCGCUUUCGCGUUCGAUCGCGAAGAUGAGGUCUACCAGUUCGCCCUAACAUAUCCAUAUUCGUACACUCGUUAUUUGGGACAUCUCGACAACUUGUGCAGCAGAUUGUUAUAUACAAAGAGGGAAACGUUGGCCGAGUCGAUCCAAAAGAGGAAUGUAGAACUCGUGACUAUAGCCUCCGACCUCGAAGACACGGAACGACCUAGAAAGGUGGUCGUCAUUCUCGCCAGAGUUCAUCCCGGCGAAUCGCCGUCUUCGUUCGUGUGUCAGGGAUUGAUGGAUUUUUUGGUCAGCGCGCAUCCUAUCGCUCAGAUUCUAAGAGAGUAUGUGAUCUUCAAGAUAGUGCCGAUGUUAAAUCCUGAUGGUGUCUUUUUUGGAAAUUACAGGUCCACCGUGAUGGGAUUAGAUCUGAAUCGAUCCUGGAAUCAUAUCUCCGAGUGGAUUCAUCCUACUCUCCUCGCGACCAGAUCGAUGUUAAAGUCUCUCGAUAAGAAUUCGCACACACCAUUAGAUUGCGUAUUGGAUCUGCACGCGCAUAACAAUGCCACGGGUGUCUUUGUCUACGGGAAUACGUAUGAGGAUGUCUACAGGUACGAGAGGCAUAUCGUCUUGCCGAAAUUAUUAGCUCAGCACGCGGAGGAUUAUGAACUAGGCAACACCAUGUACAAUCAAGAUCAGAACAAAGCCGGAACCGCUCGACGUUAUUUGUGCUCGAUCCUGAAAGAGCACGUAAACUGUUACAGCAUAGAAGUCUCCAUGUAUGGUUACAAUAAAAAAGGGAUACCCGAUAUAAUGCCGUACACCGAAGAAGGAUAUUAUAGACUCGGUCGAAAUUUGGCUCGCGUUUUUCUGGAAUAUUACAAGCUUACUGGACUUAUCCCGUCGGGGCUUCCCGAUCAGCCAUCGAAUAGGCGAACGCGACAAUCUCGGCAGAGACAUCGAUUUCCAAGAGAGCCUAGACCGAAAACAGUGAGAACUCCAGCGACCUUACAUCUCGCCAGCAUUUAUGAGUACUUUCGGGAGGAAGCUGAGCCGCUCCCGAGCUCUCGUUACCGAUCGAUGAGCGGUACGCGGAUGGGACAGCAGCCCGGAACUGGAAUCGCGAAUGAAACUGGAACGGGCGUCGGCGGCGGGUGCAGGGGCCGGAGCUACAGGUUCCGCAGCCCCGGGGCACCGCUCGACAAGGUGCAGGCCCUGACGGAGCGGCCUGCCGCCGAGCCGCGGCUCACCAUUAUCGAUUUCAAUCAGCUGACGCGGGGUGGUUUGGAGCUCGCAGCCAUCAAGAACAGAUCGACGGUCUCACGCAAAAGCGUCAAGUCGCGCAGAUAACGAUCGUCUCGCCUCGGACUUAGUCGUUUGUAAGAAGAUAUCCUCACGGCGCGAUGAACCGCGAGUUAAAAGUCCUCCGACCACUCGGAUACUUUUAUCUUCUAGAGAUGGGAGUGAUUAGGAAAUUAUCUUUAUAUCUUAAUAAUGACGAUAUAUUGGUUUAGAUUAUAGAUAUAAUUAGUUGAAAAAAAUGAAUCAUUGCAUCGAUUCACUUUUAGUUACUUUUAGUGACGAAAAUGGAAUUGCUAGAGUACCGAGAAUGCAUCUCGGAGACUAUCCAUCUAAUAAUGAUUAUUAUUAUUAACUCUCGAUUCUUUUAUAUCGAGAAUUUUGAAUCUAAUAAUAUUAACAAAACACAUAAAUAUAGUGUUUAUCUCCCGUAUUACACAACAUUUAUUUAAAUGCAUGUGAACAAUCAAAUUUUCAACUUUCUCUUAUAUUAUAUUAUAUUACAUUAUAUAUAC